UCCAUCAUCCGAACUCGGCUUGGUGCGGGGCCGUCGGAGGUCCGGCUGGUUGCGCGCCCAUUCAGUCCGCGGCCUCUUCACCCUUUCAUCUCUUUCUGCCAAGUGCCAACCCUUCCCUCUCGCUCCUCCGCUUGUCACUUUCUCAUUGUCCCCGCUGCCGGCCUUCCUAUUGAUCUCCCUCCCUCUCACUCGAUUGCGGACACCCUCUCUCUCUCCGACCAGAGGGCUGCAGUUGGGGUUGACUGCGUCUUCUUCUUCUUCUUCUUCCUUCCUCUUUCGUCCUGCUUCGUUGUUAAGUUAGAUUCUACGUUGCGAUAAAGCAACCGCUUCGUCUAGCCGUUCUUUCCGCCGCAUUGGGUCAAUUCCGGCAAUUGUUUUUAUUAAUGGACGGAAGACGGCCAGAGCCUUUGCCACCGGUGCCGUUGACGAGUAGCGGGCUGCCGGUGUUGCAACCCGGGGAGGUCGAGUGCUCCACCCUCGACUCUGUGGACAUUGAAACCGACGAGAUUCCUGGUUUCUCCACACUGCGGGCCGGCGUGCUCAUCCUCACCACGCUGAGGCUCAUCUGGAUCGGCGAAGAUCGUCGCUACACCUCGGGUUCUGCGAUCCCUCUAUCAGCUGUCGUUCAUGUCCAUCAGCCGAAGAAAUCUAUCAAGAAGAUGUUCCGCAGCCCGAGGCUCGGAAUCCAGCUAUGUGCCUCGGAUGACGGGUCGAUCGAGGAGAAGGGAAAGCGAUCGGUGGUGAUUUACGUGGUUAUGAGGGGCAAGAUGGAUCAUGAUGCGUUUUUGACCCGGUUUUGGGAGAUUCUGAGGUCUAGGACUUGGGAAAGCAAGAGAGAUGGUGAGGGCUCGGGUUCGUCGGGAAGGGCGUCUGCUAGCUCGGGCGAGGGCUCAGUAGGAAGCCGCGCAUCUGUUGUCGGGGUCUCGGGAAUUCUCCGGAAGGAGCAGGAACUAUGGGAGAGCACGGACCGGAGCUUGCAGGAAGCGUUUCAAGAUCUCAAUGCGCUCAUGGGUAAAGCUAAAGAGAUGGUCUUGCUCGCUGAGAAAAUGAGAGUAAAGCUUUUAGCAGGUCCAUCUGCUACCAAUGCAUCAACCGACGAAGAAAUGGGUUCGAAGCAGGACAUGCAAGAUUGGCUUCUAAGCGUUGGAAUUGUGUCUCCUGUUACGAAAGAAACAGCUGGUGCUCUGUAUCAUCAGCAACUAUCUCGUCAGUUGGCAGAUUUUAUCAAAGGGCAUCUGGAGAGGUCGGGAGGAAUGGUUGCGUUGAUAGAUGCAUAUUGUCUCUUUAACCGUGCUAGAGGAACAGAGUUAAUAUCUCCAGAAGACAUGCUACAAGCUUGUGCGAUUUGGGAGAAAUAUGAUGUUCCUGUAAUGCUCAGAAAAUUUGACAGUGGAGUCAAGGUCAUACAGAACAAGACGCACAGUGAUGAGGAGGUUUUUGCCAGAAUUGAAAGCCUUGUGGUAAGACCUGAUGCCCUUCGAUUGGGGAUAAGUGCAAGUGAUGCUGCACGAACAUUAGGGAUUGCUCCUGCAUUGGCAAAGGAGCAUCUUGUUGCAGCUGAAAGUAGAGGUCUCCUUUGCCGAGAUGUCAGCCAUGAGGGCCUUCGCUUUUAUGUUAAUCUGUUCAAGGAGGUCCAUUCAAAUGAUCUUCACCCGGAGAAGCACUCGAAAAUGCUGGAGGCGUGGGUCUCUGCUACCUCGACUGUUCACUGAGGUCAUUGCUGUGGCAUAAUUUUUGAAUUCCAGAAUUUUGUUGGUUGGUGUACGAACAAGUUUAUUGCAGAAUGUACUUGAACGGACAGACUGAAGUAUUACUACACUGGUCCCACAUCUUUCUGUGCUGUGGUGAAUCUGUGAAUUAUGUAAAAUUUAUGUGAAGACACCAGGAAGGAGUUGUAGAAUUUCAAAAGCUUUUGCCGGGAAAUCCUUAUUAAGGAU